UAUUCAUAUUUUGUUAAGCGUUUUUAAAAGCGCUUCAAGAUUCAACUUGUUCUUGGUAUGAUAACCUCAUUCGUCAGCAACAGGAGAAUAAAAUAUACGUUUUUGACCCUUCAUCCCACAAAUUACAUCUUGUUCUCCAAUUAAAUUUGUCCAAAAUGAAGCUUCAACGAGGACUUGGAAAAAUGUUCUCCAUGGCUAUCCUCCUUGAAACCAGGCUGAGACCUGAUAUAGAUACUCUGACACGUAAGAGGAUUUAAACUGACAAUGGCAACCUUUUUAUUAAUUAUAGGUACCGUAUAUGUACCCAGGAGGCAGGAUCCAGGAGAGUUUCUAUAUGUACACAUACUCCUUUACAAACUCACGAGAAUAUAUAUAUAUAUUUACUUCAACUUGUUAUAAUAAUUCAGAAAUCAGAACCCAGAACUCAAACUCAGAAGCAAAUUGUCUAAGCCUCGAUAAGAAUAAACGAUUGUGAAUCAGUGACGCAGAUAAAACCAAAGAACCGACCACUUUCAUACGAACGAACGAAAUUAUGGUUAUGUUGUCCGAUUCACCUGUUGCAAAUCGAUUUGCCAUCAUUAAUAAUAAUUAUUCAACCACAGAGAAAGGCACGAUGAAUGAAAAAUCCUUCGAAGCUUCUUCAAAUACAACAACCAUGGAGUCGUCAAGAGCUACACCUCCAAAGACCUCAAUAGAUACUUCCUUCGAUGACAUCGAUCCCGAGUUUGAAUUUGUUGGAGACGUCAAUACGGACAAUGAAAUACCCUCGCAAGAUGCCCUGAAAAAGAUUGAAAGUAUGAUCGUUUUAGACAGAGAUGGGAAGACUCGACCGUUCAAAAAUUUAUAUUCAGGCCCGAAUGUAGCGAGAAGAGUCUUAAUUAUCUUCAUCCGGCACUUCUUCUGCGGGGUAAGCUUCCUCUUCAGUUGCAUAAUAUACCUUGUCCCUAACUUUUGUCCUCUCUGCUAGAACUGUCAAGAAUUCCUUCGAACCCUGGCGGCAUCCAUAACCGAAGAUUCCCUCCUCCAGCUGCACACUCCUACCUUCAUCGCAGUAGUUGGAUGCGGCAGCCCGUCUCUAAUCCCCAUGUACCAAGAAGCCACAAAGUGUCCAUUCCCAAUAUACGCAGACCCUACCCGAAAGCUAUACGACGAGCUAGGAAUGAUGCGCACGUUGAAUCUGGGCAGCAGACCAGAAUAUCAACGCAGAUCAACAAUACUAGGAAUGGCACAGAGCGUGGUACAAAGUCUGAAACAGAUCAAAGGUGGCAAGUUAUUCCAAGGAGGCGAUUACCAACAAGUUGGCGGAGAAUUUCUAUUCGAGCCCGUACGAAUGGCGACGCCGAUUUCCUCACCCACGGAUGAACACUCAGGGAUGUACGCAAAUGGAGGUAUUUUGGGCAAUGGUGAUAAGAUAGGCGAAAAUGAAGGAUAUGAGGAUAAGAUGAUUACGUGGUGCCACCGAAUGAAAAACACGCGAGACCAUGCGGAAAUCCCAGAGAUCAGAGAAAUCCUCGGAUUUGACGAAACAGGCGACGGCGGCAAGAAUCUGAAGAGAUGGUCCAAAGCAUUGAGCGAGAGAAAGGGCACGGCAAUGAGUAUCAGAGCUCGAAGUAGUAGAGGAACGAGCUUGAAACUCGAGGGUAUGAGUGAAGAUGGUGGUAGUAUGCGCAGCAGGAGAACAACAAGUAGUGAAAAGCACUUGUAGAUGGCGAUACUGCCUACUGAUAUCGAAGAGCUUAAGUGUACUGUAUUAUAUUAUAAGUUAAGGCAAAGUGGCAUGGAGUUUGGUCUGUAUAUUUUCGAGGAUUAUCUAUUAUCUCGGCGGAGCGAUAUAUUGGGGGAGUUUGUCCAUCUCGAUGAUGAUUUUAUCCCUUGAAGACUUACUUGUCUUUGUUGUAUCUAUCUAUACCCAAUUCAAUUUCGAGAUAUUUUCUUUAGGAAUAUAAUAUUCUUCAAAGAU